CUUUAUAUCUCACACGGUCAGUCAGUAUUGAAACUUUGUUGAAGCUAGAGGUGAAGUUGAAACAACAAAAUGGCGGCACCAGUGAUCGUUUUGAACAACGGACGAACCUGUCCCGUCCUUGGACUAGGGACUUGGAAAUCCAAGCCCGGAGAGGUGACGGAGGCCGUGAAGGUGGCGAUCGACGCUGGCUACAGACACAUAGACUGCGCUUAUAUUUACCUCAACGAGAAGGAGGUCGGGGAGGCUCUGAAGCAGAAGUUCGACGAGGGAGUUAUCAAGCGUGAGGAUAUUUUUAUUACAUCGAAGCUGUGGUGCACCUUCCACCGGCCCGACCUGGUCGAGGGUGCUAUCAGGAGGACUCUCGAGGACCUUGGCCUGGAUUACCUAGACCUGUACCUAAUACACUGGCCACAAGCCAUGAAGGAAGGCGAGGAGCUCUUCCCGAAGGACGAGGAGGGGAAAAUUAUACCGUCGCCAGUAGACUAUGUGGACACCUGGAAGGCUAUGGAGGCCCUGGUCGACAAAGGCCUCACCAAGAGCAUCGGGCUGUCAAACUUCAACAAGCGACAGAUCGAUCGUGUUAUGGAAAUGGCGAGAGUCAAACCAGCUAUGUUACAGAUCGAGGUCCACCCAUACCUGAACCAGUCCAAGCUGUUAGAGCAUUGCUCGUCCUACGGUAUCUCGGUGACGGCGUACUCUCCGCUCGGCUCUCCUGACAGACCCUGGGCCAAGCCGGACGACCCUCAGCUCUUGGAGGACCAGCGGCUCAAGAACAUUGCCAGUCGAUAUAGCAAAACACCAGCUCAAGUACUCGUUAGGUACGCGAUCGACCGAGGCCUAAUAGUGAUCCCCAAAUCGGUGACGAAGAGUCGCAUCGAACAGAACUUCCAGGUGCUGGAUUUCCAGCUUUCACCUGAAGACAUUGACCUCAUCGCUACAUUUGAAUGUAACGGACGACUCUGUACUAUGGGAGAUGUCCACCAUCCGGACUAUCCAUUCCACGACGAAUAUUAAGAAAAUAUAUGACUCAUAAAAUAGACGAGUUAUAAUCCUCACGACAACAGACAUAGUUCCCGCCACCCGCACCACUGAGCUGUCGCGCUUUAGUACGCUUGUGAAGUGAUUCGUAGAAUAAAAUUAAUUUAUUAUAUAAAUGUGAAUGAAGCUACUUAUAAAUAAACUCAAUUAUAAUGUG